GAUAAUUUCAUGUGUAUAAAAUAUGUUAAAAUAUGUUAGUUAGAUCGAUUAUCGUUUCUUUACAUUAACCUUUCUUUACAAUCGUUAUAAACAAUUUCAUAUUUCAAAGUUUGUUCUAUAAAUCAUUACCUUUGUUGUUGUUGUUGUUGUUGUUGUUGUUGUUGUUGUUACAUAAUGAAUACUAAUAAUGCAAACGUCAAUUUUACCUCUGAUUAUAAACGAAACGAACGAGAGGAAAUGUUAAUAGCACCACCAUUAGAUUAUUCAUUCAAAAAAGCGACCAAUAUGAAUCAACUAGUUAAUCAACAACCUCAGACGAUACGAACGGUUAAAGCACCAAUGCGAACGUCCAAAGAUCGUUUUGCAACAAGUACGAUAUGGUUGAGUAAUAAUUUAUUAACAUCCAUGGAAGGACUUGAAAAUCUUUGCAAAACAGUUCUAGAAGAUCCAACUUUUUUAAGUUGGUUAGAUCUUUCAUUUAAUGAGAUCAACGAAAUCGGAGACGAUAUCGCAAAGUUUUCUAAUCUAAAGAUCUUAUAUUUACACGGUAAUAAUAUUUCAAAUAUAAAUGAUGUAUUAAAAUUAAGAAAACUAUGUAAUAUGAGAACCUUAACAUUACAUGGAAAUCCGAUAGAAACUUUACCUUAUUAUAGGAGUUAUAUAAUCAAUGUUAUGUCACAAUUAAUCAAUUUAGAUUUUUCGCCAAUAACUAUAGCCGAAAAGAAACGAGCAUUACCUACCGGAUUUUUUAAAAUAAUAAAACCAGCUUUGUAA